AUGCCGGCCAUGCUCGACGACCCUACGGCUCCAGCCAUUUACCGUGUGUCUGGCGAGCCGCCCUUCCCAGUACCAUAUGGCGACAACCCACCAGACAUCAGCCUACGACAAGUCACCCUCCGCGAUCGAGUCACGAUAGCAACACUAGUGCCCUUCUCCUCGCCACAACAAGUACCGCACAAGCUUACUGCAUACCUCUGCGAGCUGCUGAAUAAGGAGAUAGAAAAGGGCGACACAUAUCCCAUGAUGGAGCCCAUGCCUCUUUCCUCCUUCGGCGCGUACUGGUUUGCAAAUUUCGGCGCCGUGAUGGUUCUGGGUGAUAUACAAGACGUGGCGGAGAUCAUGCAGAUGGAGCAGCAAAGUGCGGACUGGGCGAAGCAGUGUCUCGGCAGCUUCUACGUCAAGCCGAAUUAUCCUGGUAGAAGUAGUCACGUGUGUAAUGGCGGAUUUCUGGUUACUGACGCCGCUCGAAAUCGUGGUGUUGGUAGGCUCAUGGGUGAGGGGUAUCUGGAGUGGGCCCCAAAGCUUGGGUAUACGUAUAGUGUGUUCAACCUAGUAUACGAGACUAACGUAGCUUCACUCCGUAUCUGGGAUGCUCUGGGCUUCAAACGCAUCGGACGCGUCAAGGGCUGUGGCAACCUGAAGUCUUACCCAGACCAACUCAUCGACGCUAUCAUCUUCGGCCGUGAGCUCGGUGGCGAAGGAGAUGAGUACGUCAGCGAAGAGCGUUUCGAUAAGAUCCGCUUCUACCUCAAGACGGGCUCAUAUCCAACUGGCAGCGACCGAGCAGAGAAGUCUCGGCUACGUAGCGCCGCCACCCACUAUCGUCUCAUACCCAGCGAAAGUGGUCGAGAAGAAGACGACGUGCUCAUGCUCAAAGGGAAGGAAGUCGUUUCUGAUCCGCAUAGGCAAUAUGAGAUCGCUCGCAAUAUCCAUAAUGCUUCACAUGGCGGUAUCAACAAGACGACAGCGAUUAUUGCGGAGAAGUACCAUUGGGUGAGGAUCAAGGAGACGGUUAGUACGGCGAUCCGGAACUGCUCCGAGUGUAAGGAUGUUACUCCCAAGCCUGCACAGACCCUUCCUGCUUCACUCCGGAAGAAGCAGGGGGAUACGACGCCGCCGACGACUCGUGGGAGGAAGAGUGCUGCGGCUGUUGUGGCUGGCGAAGAUGAGACGAUGGAUGGGCUUGAGCGGGAGCAGGAUGAGAAGCUCCCAGAUGCUGGAGCUGGUGCUGCUCAAUCCCUAGAUGAUCAGGCAAUGCAGCAUGACGUCCCAGUGGCGAGUAUGCAGUACCAAUCUCCUCCUCCGCAGCAAGAUUAUGGUGAUCUGCCAGUCGAUCCGCAGAUUAUGGAGAGUAUGGAAGACUGGCAGAAGCGGUUGACCAUGGCGGAGAACGCUAUGUUGCUUGAUAGUGGUACGGGCGAUGUGCAAGCGGGGUCUUUGGCUGAUGAGGUUCAGAAGGCUAAUCGUAGUCAUGGAGGUUACCAAGUUGCGCCUGGGUAUGGGGGUGGUGGGGAGGCGCGGAUGAGGGCGGAGUUGGAGGCACAGAUCAUGAAUGAGGUAGGAACGCAGCAAGGGAGUAUUGGUACGGUGGCGAGAGCUGGAACAAGUGGAAAAGUACGCGGAAGGGGAGGACGAUAG